UUUUUUAAAACUUGAACCGGUUUAUAGCUGCUUGAUCCAGUUACAAGAGCCCAAACUCACGUUAGGCCCAUAAAUUUGCAACAUAGGAGGACGGAGGUGGCUUUUGCCGGUUGAAAUCAGGAGGAGUGGGGGCUGUCGGGCUGAGCAAAUAGAAAAUGGCGAAAUCUUGUAAAGGUUUGGCUAUGGAAUUGGUCAAGUGUCUCAGUGAAUCUGAUUGCGUCAAGGUAGAGAAUCGACCUUUUAGAGAAUGUGCUAAAGAGAAGAGCCCCGUCAUUUCUAGCGAAUGUGUUGGACUCAGAGAAACAUAUUUCAACUGCAAGAGAGGCCAGGUUGAUAUGAGAGCUAGGAUUCGUGGAAAUAAAGGUUACUAAUCUCUGCAUGUUCUUGGAAAUUUUUUUGCAACAUUAAAAUUAGUUGGUAGUCUUUUGUAUUUAAUUAAAAACCAUGAAACGUUAGUAGUUAAAAAUACUAAACAUUGUAUUUUGUAAAACAAAUGUUGAAGAAUAAGUCAUUUUAGCUGCUUGAGCACUGAAUUAUGCACACUGGGUCUGGGGCCAAAAGAAGCCAUAUUGAGGAGUGUAAUGUAAGGGUGCUGUGGUGUGAUUUUUGAUGAAACUCUGAAGGAAUUGUAAUGUGGGAUUCCAUUUUGGGGAUUUAAGUUUGUUAUUGCAUAAUGCUGAUUAUUUUGUUGUUA